UUUAUUCCGUUGGGAAUGGAUAACUAUGCAUCCUGGAGUUGAGUACCCAGUUAGUGAUAUAUUUCCGGGAAUUUUAGUGUCCGUGCUAAGAGUGUGUCGAGAAGGCAGCGUCGGGGAGUGUUACGGGGUGUAUAUAUACCUCACAUUGAGUUUGAGAAGUGUAGAGGAUAAAACGUAUGCUGUAGAUAACGUCUAUUUCGUGUUACUGACGUGUAUUAAAGGACGAGGUCAUUCCAGCCCGGAAGCAAUCAUGGAGCUGAUCACCAUUAACACGGGGUACCUGAAGACGAAAUCUGGGAUCAUGAAAAUCAUAGAAAUCGUGUGCGUGGUGUGCGCCUUCUGCCUCCUCCGGCUGAGCACCCACGUCUGCGGCCACAGCAGGGACUCCUACUUCCUCGGGAUCGGAGUCCUCGUCGCCGCCAUGAUGGUGACGCCGCUGCUGCUCAUCUCCUACAUGAUGGGGAAGAUGCAGAUCCAGAACACGUACUUGGAAAUGGCCCUCAACGCCCUGUUCGCCCUGUUCCUGCUGGCGGUGGGCGCGGACGCCCUCAGGGCCGUGGGCACCGUCUACACCAACAACUACAACACCAAGUGCUUCGCCAUGGGCAUCUUCAGCAUCGCCGCCUUCGUCACGUACCUGCUGGACACGGUGUUCUGCGUGAUGGUGUACAGGGGGAACAACUGA